UUCAUUUUCCUCUUUCCAAAUGCAACUAAUUUAGCUCACUAAAGUGGAAAUUAUUGUCAUUAAGUUUCAAUCAAAAUUUUCAGAAGAAAAGCUUUUGUUCGUGUUGUAGGUAGAGAUGCAAGUCUUCUUGCUUCAAUAUCUGCGGGCCAUCGUAGAUGAUUGCAUUAACUUUGACAACCCAACUAAAAUUUCACUUAUUCAAUGUUUAGGAUUAAAAAAAUUGAGAGAGAGAGCGCACAAAUUAAAUAUCUAACAGAAAAAUAAUCCCCGCGUAAAAUUUAAGCAUUAUUAAUCAACCAAACGACCCUUUAGAUUGACCUUUACGGCGUCGUUAUUGUCCACCUUCUCCGCAAUUCUCAUAUUCUUUAAUUGGAAUCAAUUUCUUUGUGCAAUUUACUUGGAUAUUUUGCUUAAACCCAAGUCUCUGCAGCAGAGGUGUUGAAUUAAGAAGAAUUAUUGACAGAUAGAUAGUCCAAAUUUGAGGGAUUCUAAGUUUUUCACCAUCAGUGUCUUUGGUUAGCGACAACCACUUUCAAUCACAGCACUGAUUCAGCAUCUUGAACUGUGAGCUAUGGCCUCAACCUUGGAAAAUGAAGCUAAUUCCCUCAAAAAUGUGUUCAUUCUAUCGGGGCAGAGUAACAUGGCUGGUCGCGGUGGAGUAGAAAAGCAUCACUGGGACGGCGUUGUACCAAACGAGUGCUCUCCUGAUGCUUCUAGAAUCUUCCGUCUCAGUGCACACCUCCACUGGGAGGUGGCACGUGAGCCACUCCACCAUGACAUUGAUUCCAAAAAGACCUGUGGUGUUGGACCUGGAAUGUCAUUUGCAAACGCGAUCAAGGACCGUGUGGAAGCUAUUGGGUUAGUGCCAUGUGCUGUAGGAGGAACCGCGAUAAAGGAGUGGGCCCAUGGGGAGCAUUUGUAUGUGAAUAUGGUCAAGAGAGCUAGAGCAGCCAUGCAUCAUGGUGGAGAAAUCAAGGCGUUGCUUUGGUAUCAAGGAGAGAGUGAUACAUUAUCUCAGCAUUGUGCUGAGACCUAUAAGGCUAAUAUGGAGAAGUUAAUACAUAAUGUUCGUGCUGAUUUGCAUUUGCCAUCUCUGCCAAUUAUUCAGGUUGCAAUUGCAUCAGGAGAUGAGAAGUAUAUUGAAAAGAUUCGAGAAGCGCAAAAGGCGAUUGAUCUUCCAAAAGUUGUAUGUGUUGACGCCAUGGGAUUACAGCUUAAGGAAGAUAAUCUCCAUUUAACCACAGAGGCUCAAGUUAAAUUAGGCCAAAUGUUGGCUGAUGCAUACCUUACCCAUUUUGCGCCACAAGAACCUUGUGUUGCUUCAUCUUGAGAAAUUUGCUAUACUCUGUGUGUGUAAGCUUGAAAGAUAUAUAAUAAUCCUGGCUUAUGAACAUAACGAGAGUGCUCAUAUAACUAAAAUGAAGUAUAUUAUUUUGAAGUAAGUUGACUCA